AUGAAGUUACUCCUUGCUAUUGCAUUAAUGUUGACAAUAGUAAUGUGGGUGUCAACACAACAGCCACAAGCAGUGCACACGUACUGUGGGCGUCACUUGGCUCGCACUCUGGCCGACCUGUGCUGGGAAGCGGGCGUGGACAAGCGCAGCGGUGCUCAGUUCGCGAGCUACGGCUCCGCGUGGCUGAUGCCGUACUCGGAAGGACGCGGCAAACGAGGCAUCGUGGAUGAGUGCUGUCUCAGACCCUGCAGCGUGGACGUGCUUCUGUCGUACUGUUAG